GGGCCGCGCCGGGUGCGACGGCGGGACGCGGGGAGCUGCCUCUCGCCAUGGGCGGUGGGUGCCGGGCCCGGGCCCCGCCGGCCGCGGGGCUCCGGCUGCUGCUCGCCCACGCCGUGCUGCUCUGCGCCGCCGGGAGCGCCGCCGGCACCGGCUCCGUGAAUCCCUGCUGCUAUUUCCCCUGCCAGAACCAAGGGGUGUGCGUGAGGGUCGGCCUGAGAGGAUACGAGUGCGACUGCACGCGGACCGGCUACUACGGGGUUAACUGCACCUCCCCUGAGUUCUGGACACGUCUCCACAACCUGCUGAAGCCCAGUCCUGCCUUCUACCACUUCAUCCUGACCCACUUCAAGUGGUUUUGGGACAUUAUCAACAGCACCUUCAUCAGGGACACGCUCAUGAGGCUCGUGCUGACAGUUCGUGCCAAUCUCAUCCCCAGCCCCCCCACUUUCAACUCUGACUAUGGCUACAUCAGCUGGGAGGCCUAUGCCAACGUCAGCUACUACACCCGCGUCCUCCCGCCCGUGCCAGACAACUGCCCCACGCCCAUGGGCACCAAAGGGAAGCUGCAGCUCCCUGACCCCCAGCUCCUGGCUGAGAGGUUCCUGCUGCGGCAGAAGUUUGAGGCUGAUCCUCGAGGCACCAACAUGAUGUUUGCCUUCUUCGCCCAGCAUUUCACCCACCAGUUCUUCAAGACAUCUGGGAAGAUGGGACGUGGCUUCACCAAGGCUCUGGGGCAUGGGGUGGACCUGGGACAUCUGUACGGGGACAACCUGCAGCGGCAGCACCAGCUGCGACUCUUCCGAGAUGGGAAGCUGAAAUUCCAGGUGGUGGAUGGAGAGGUGUACCCGCCCAUGGUCACCGAGGCGCCGGUUCACAUGGUGUACCCGCCGGGCGUGCCCGAGGAGCAGCAGCUGGCCGUGGGGCAGGAGGUGUUCGGGCUGCUGCCGGGGCUCUGCGUGUACGCCACGCUCUGGCUGCGCGAGCACAACCGCGUCUGCGACCUGCUCAAGAGGGACCAUCCCACCUGGAGCGACGAGCAGCUCUUCCAGACAGCGCGGCUCGUCCUCAUCGGGGAGACCAUUAAGAUCGUUGUUGAGGACUACGUGCAGCACCUCAGUGGGUACUACCUGAGCCUCAAGUUCGACCCCGAGCUGUUGUUUGGGUCACAGUUCCAGUACCGCAAUCGCAUCGCGGUGGAGUUCAACCAGCUCUAUCACUGGCACGGGCUGAUGCCCGACUCCUUCAUCAUCCAGGGACAAGAGUACAGCUACAAGCAGUUCCUCUACAACACCUCCAUGCUCAUGGACUACGGCGUGGAGGCGCUGGUGGAGUCCUUUUCCAAGCAGGUAGCAGGAAGGAUCGGUGGGGGACAGACCAUCAAUGCCAAUGUCCUGCACGUGGCCGUCGGGGUCAUCAAGGAGUCCCGGCAGCUGAGGCUCCAGCCCUUCAACGAGUAUCGGAAAAGGUUUGGCAUGAAGCCCUACAAGUCCUUCCAGGAGCUGACAGGAGAGGAAGAGAAAGCAGCGGAGCUGGAAGAGCUGUAUGGAGACAUUGAUGCUCUGGAGUUUUACCCAGGCUUGCUGCUGGAGAAACCCCAACCCAAUGGCAUUUUUGGGGAAAGCAUGGUGGAGAUCGGAGCUCCAUUUUCCCUGAAGGGGCUUUUUGGCAAUCCCAUCUGCUCCCCAGAGUACUGGAAACCCAGUACAUUUGGUGGAGCAACUGGCUUUGAGAUCGUGAAGACAGCGUCCCUCGAGAAGCUCGUGUGCCUCAACGUGAAGAAGUGCCCGUACGUGGCGUUCCACGUGCCCGACGCCGCGGAGCACGGCAGCCCUCGGGCUGCUGGGUCAUCUACAGAGCUCUAGCAGGGCUGACCUGCCCAGGCAGGGACUGUCCUUGCCCUGGUGCAGGCUGAGCUGAGCUCCCAGCCCGGCGCUGAGGAUCCUGUUCCUUCCCACAGCCAAUGGUGGGGAUGCAGGAAGCUGCCACCCCUGUGCCGAGCAGAAACAGGACAGGACAUGGUCCCACCCCGGUGUCCUCCAUGCCAGCCCUCCAGGAGAGGCUGCUCCCUGCUCUCUGAAAAGCUCGAGUGCCUUGGGAGGGUGGCUGCCAGCCCCAUCCUCAGCAGACCCAGCUCUCUCGAUAGUGAAUACCUUGCACAGCUUUGGAGCUCCCCAGUGGACACUCUGGACUCCCCAGUGCUUUGUCACCUUCCAUCCCCACUGCCUCCCAGCACCAGGCCACCAGCAGCCCCUCUUCAGAGGGGUCAUAUCCACGUUAUGCCUGAAAACCAUUUUUAGAAUCAGUGAUAAGUGUAAGACUGGAAAAAUUUCAUUUUAGUUAACUGCUUAGCACUGACUUAAUUCUUACUCACCGGGAGUCCAGUUUUUCUUCACACGACAUCUAUUUGCAGUAGAGACUCUCUUUCCUGCUCAGAACAGGAGCCCAGAGCCCAGGGAGCACUCCCUCCUCCCCUGCUGCCCCUGGUGAAGGGAUGAGCUGCCCGAGGGAUGCAGAGGAGGUGGCAGCAUGCAGAGGGAGGGGAGGACACAAUGUCUGUGCUGCUCAGUAGUGCCUGAGCUUGCAGUAAAAACCUGUUCUGAUCCAGUUCUCCUGCAACAGCCUACCCAGCACAGCUGGGAGAAGGAACCAAAGCAGUGUCUCUCCUGGAGGAGACCAGAGAGAAGCAUGAGGUCGAUCCCCAGACCUGUGUCAUGCCAGCUUGGACCCUGGCACGUGCCACUGGCUGCCAACGCGGGGCUGCUCGGAGCAAGAUGCUACCUCUGUGCACACAAAGGGAUGGAGUCUCUUCCAUCCCAAAAUCAUCACCCUCCUCUGCACUAACAGCUCAGCAAACACACCCUCACAGCACACAGAGCCUGCUUCUGUCCUCCUCCCAAAACAGAGCUCAGCCCUUGCCCAGCCCAGCCAUGUGGUAGCUGGCAGCCACUCUCACUGGCCUUGAUCCCCACCAGAUCCUGGUCAAGCUCCAGGAAAAAGGACAUUUAAUAAAUGAUUUUAAAAACUCCUCUUAUCUCUGGCUGUGCUGGGCCAUUGCUGACUGCACCUGAAGCAAUAAAUGGAGCAACUUCUCCCUUAGAAGCUUUCAUGGAGGUCUCUGAGUGUCCUGAGGCAGUUGGAACUUUGCUCCCCUCUGGCCACCCCCAGCCCUGUGCUGCUCAAAUGCCACAGUUCAGAGUGUUUGGACAGUGCUCUCAGGCACAGGGUGGGAUUGUUGGGGUUGUCCUGGGCAGGGCCAGGAGUUGGACUGUGAUGAUGUUUGGGGGUCCCUUCCAAUUCAGGAUAUUCUGUAAUUCCAUGGUGACACCGCUUAGACCAACAUUGUGUAUUUCUCUCACAUAAAGACUAUCCA